UGUGGCUGUGUUUAUUUCCAGGGGUCGCUUUAUCCCUUUUAUCUACUCGGGUCUCGUCACUUCUUUCUUCCUACUUACGACGACGCUUCUUGCUCGUUGUCAUUAACGACGUCGAACCACCACACACGACGCCAAUCGCGACUCCCGACAAUGGAGAAACGCGAAUUAGAGAAGCUUGAAUCUGUCGAGCUCGAGGAAGUCCGUCAAAGCAGAGACCUUCCUUCACCUGCCACUGCACAACAAACUCGCAGUCGUGCAAAGUUCAGUGCGGCUACGAUCAUUCCAGUGUGGAUUGCUCUUAGUAGUGGAGUCAUCAUCUACAACAACUACAUCUACAACACUUUAAACUUUAAGUUUCCAGUCUUUUUGGUCACUUGGCAUUUGACUUUUGCGGCUAUUGGAACCCGAGUCCUUCAACGUACCACGCAUCUCUUGGACGGUGCAAAGGAUGUACCAGUCAGCAAAGACAUGUUCUUGCGCUCCAUCCUACCCAUUGGUCUCCUUUUCUCUGGCAGUCUUAUCCUCAGCAACACUGCUUAUCUAUACCUGAGCGUGGCCUAUAUUCAGAUGCUCAAGGCCUUCACCCCCGUAGCGAUCCUACUCAUCACAUGGGCCACUCGCAUUAGUGAACCUUCCCGCAAGCUACUCAUCAUCGUCCUCAUGAUCUCCUCUGGUGUCGCCGUCACAAGCAAGGGUGAAAGGUUCUUCAGUUGGAUUGGGUUUGUCAUUCAAGCUGGAGGAGUCGGGUUCGAAGCUACCCGCCUGGUCCUCAUCCAAACCCUCCUCCAUGGACUCAAAAUGGACCCUCUCGUCUCUCUCCAUCUCUACGCGCCUGUCUGUGCCCUUAUCAACCUCUGUGUCAUACCUUUUACCGAGGGCCUAGAGCCGCUCCGCAUAGUAUGGGGGAGCAUCAUAGGAUCUUACACCCAUGCCAUGUCCGCAGUAUCAGGCGAAGCCGCAUCCAACGCUACUGUCUCAAUAGUCGGUGCGUCAGGAGAGUUGCUCGCUGCCAUAGGCGAAGAAGCAGCACCUCGCAUUACCCCAUUUUUUCUUCUUACAAACGCGCUGCUUGCGUUCUUGCUAAAUAUCGCUGCUGUGUUUUUGGUGGGUGCUGGGAGCGGGUUGGUGUUGACCCUUGCGGGGGUAUUGAAGGAUGUGUUAUUGGUUACGGGAAGUGUGGUUAUUUGGGGUGGGUCGGUUGGCAUUUUGCAGGCUCUUGGAUACUCGAUAGCGUUGUGUGGUCUGGUGAUGUUCAAGGUGUCGGGUGGGAAGUGAACAAUUGAUUGUUUGAUACUGGACUUUGCCCUCCACUUACCGCUUAUGCUCCCUCCCUUAUGUGACUAUAUUCCCAGCACUUGGUUUUCAUGACUUGCUUGAAGCGGAGUCAUCCAUACGCGCUCAGACGCGUCGAUCUGUCUAUCUUUGAUCCCUUCCCCCCCCACCACC